CUUGUGGUUUCAGUUAUUCGAAUCUCGUUGAAUGGUGAGCGUGCUAAUACACCUAUGUGCUUGCCCGUGUUUGCUCACAAUAUUUAACAGAAGAAACAUUCAAAAUACGACGAAAAAAAGAGGCCGUUUAAGUAUGCUACAUGAUGAGACGUCGGUGUUCACCAACGCAUAUAUAUGAAAGAAGACGUGCGGUUUAAAGAGCGAGACAAAACAAAUAUUACAAUACUCAUUGAUAUGUUAUGUUAAAUACCAAUCGAGUGAGAAAUAGAUGAAAAAAAAAAAGUAAAUGACGACAAACACUUUCGUUCGUGAUCAAAAGUUAUUAUCGUUUUACACAUGCACAUAUAAUUCAGUUAUACAUACAAUUCAAAAGAGUUGAACAACAAUCACUUUACAAAUAAGAAGAGAAAAAAAACACGGCGCACAAAUGAUUAAUAUACAAACAUUGUUUUUUAUGCAAUAGAAUUUUAUGAUUUGUUUUUCGGAACGAUUGCAAAUUUGUAAAUAUAUAUCACUCGUGCGAAUGCUUGCUUUAUAGACGAAAAAAAACAAACAAACAAGCAAGACAUCAACAACCAGAGAAAUAAACAAUAGUGCGAUUUUUUGUGAGUGUUAUUCAUUUCAUUCUGAACUAGUUUUAUAAAACACAAAAUCACCGAAUGAAAUCAUAACGUUUUGUUUGCAUUUGGUGUGUGCGCGAAGCGAAAAAGAAGAAGAAGAAUAAGAAAAAUAAAACAAGAACAAAACAAAAAUAGGUGUGCAACGACAAAGAAAAACGUCUCCUUUGCAUGCCGAGUUAAGAAACUAAUCAGUAAGUGAAAUACAGUAUAAUUUAAAGUGCCGUGAACAAAACAAUUAUACAUCAAAAGAAAACAGAAACGAAAAACAGAAACAAAACACAAAAUUAUAACGAAAUAAAUUAUUUUCAAAAGACAUUUAUAAUCAAUUUAACAGUUGUUAUUUGUUGGUUUUGUGUAUGUGUGGUCAGUGGCCGAAAUUCAACCAAACACACACGCCUUACGCGCUAUUUGUUGUUUUUUAAUCCCAUUUUAUUUUAACGAAAGAACCGCACACACAGAAGACGAACAAUGAAUCGAAAUACGAUCAUGAAAUGUGUUCCGCCAAUGAAUACGAUCGGCGAUGGUCAAUCGGCGCUAAAACAUUCUGUGGCACACUUACCACUUCAACAACCAUCGUUGAUCUCAACAAAUAGCAGUUGCCACAGCGGAAGCAGCACAAAUACAACAGACAGUGCCAAUUCACAUUCAAACAGUAGCUGCGGAAGUGGAUCGAGUCCAUUAGAAAAUUUGCCAAAGAAAUUUGUUGAAAGCAUGCGCACUCUAUUCGAUAUUAUGGAUGAUAAACGUACUGGUUUUGUUAAACUAUCGGACAUUGAAGCGCGAUGGCAAGAUGGUUCGAAAGGUUUACCGCAUGGUGUAUUGGAUUGUUUGAGGGCGCUUACACCACUCUCUGGAAUGCUAUCGUUUGAACGAUUUUGUGCCGGUCUGAAAAUAUGCUUGUUACGCAAUCAAGCCAAUAAUAAUGAUUUUAAAAUGAGCCGAAGAUCAUCAACCGAUAGUAAUGGCAACAAUAAUGUACCAUUGAACAAUGGAAAUAAUAUAAACGAUAUUGAGAAUGCAAAAACUGUCGUCAAUGUUGAUAAAACUGCGCAUAUAUUUAAAAGACAAUCUUUGCCGGUGCAACGUACGUUGAGCUUACCAAAAUUGAGUCCAAGUAGUGAUGGUGAUUCGUCAUCCGAUACACCUGUUAUACAAAAUACUGUUUAUGCACCACCUAAACCGCCCCGCACCGCCUUAAUACUGGCAAAUGGAUCAUCGUCCAAUUUAGGCAACGUUAAUGUUGAUGCAAAAGAGCGCUGGGAUAAAGCUGAAAUUCGUAAUGCACUACAGAAUUGGCAAAUGAAUGUACUGAUGAAUGAAUGGGAGGCUAAAGCGAGAGGGGCUAAAGACAAGCGACGAGGAAUGGCAUUACCAAGCACAAGCACAAGCUACAUAAAUCGUGGCACAGCUGACGGAUCACCAAACAAUACAUUGACACAUCAACAACCAUUUCAUCACCAGCAAAUAAAACAACAACAACAACAACAGCAGCAGCAGCAACAGCAACAGCAACAUCAACAAACACCAUCAGUACAACAGCAUUCAGUCACGCUAUCAAAUCAUAAACCAUUGCAAGCGAUCUAUCCAACGAAUCGUUCACCCACACUUUUGGAAUUUCAGAAAAGCAAUCGACGCCGUGAAGUACGUCGUCAUACACUUCAAAACGGCAUCGAUUAUAAUAUGUUGAAGAGAAUCAGACACUAUGAAGAAGAAAAAGAUUUAUUACUCGACGGUUUGCAUGCCGUUGAAAAAGCGCAAGAAUGGUAUUUCAGGCAGAUUGCAUUGGUUCAAGAAAAAAUGAAAUGCUUGGGCCGCGGCGAUGGACAUUUGGAGCAAUGGUCUGAAGCGAAUGAAGAACGGCUGGAUCUACAACGAGCACGAAUAAUGGAAGUAAAUCGAUAUUUGGCAUCACUUGAAGAUGAUUCAAAAGGUGGAUUGAUGCAUAUGAAUUUAGCGGUACGAAAUCAUUAUUACAAUGGCACAAAUAGCUAUCCACAAUUUCAUGAUGUCCAAAUCAAUCAGUUGAAAUUACAAAAUCGCCAACUUACCGACGAAGUAAGCCAGAAAAGCGAACGAAUCACCGAUUUGGAAAUGGAACGAAAAUCGUUAUACCAACAAUAUCAGAAGCUACAACAGCAAUUGGUACGGAAACAGGGACACAUUUUGUGUGGAAAUGAAGAAGUCAUAUUUUGAUGAAAUUCUUUGAAAAAACAGAAAUUGUUCUGUGGGUAGAGAGGAUCACUUUUAUGUAGAUUUUGGCACAAAAUGAAAUGAUGAACAAGAUCAAAAUAUUAUCGCAUAGAUAUCGUAAGAGUAGCAUUUUGCCAAUAUUUCUGCUUGAGUGAGUUGAUCAAUUUGUCAUUUUGUUGCAUCUUUAUUCUAUUUUGACCCAAAAAUUCUUAUUGGUGCCUCAUCAGCUCUUUUCGUGUUGUCAAAAUUUGCGAAUUUAUUUUAAUCUCUCGUAUUUUGAGACUGUACACAAAAUGUACGCAUUUUUCCUUUCAUUCAAUAAAAAUUAGGGUACUUUCAAUGAACAAUAUUUUAUUUUUAUAUUUCGUACAAAUGAUAAUAGAUUUUUGAUUUUUUGAAUGAUUUUCUAAAUGGUUUUUCCGUUGUCAACAAAUUCGUCUUAAAUAUCUGACUUGAUCGAAUUUUGCGGCUUUACAGCACCGUUAGUUUUUUUCGGACGCAUCGUUACUAAACCAGUUCCAUUGAGUUCAUUUCGUCUAGCUCGUAAUGCCAUUGCGCGAGUGGUUACACCGAUCCGAUUUUCCUCAUUGAUUCUAUCCGAACGUCUGGCCACUUUUGCUGAUUUCGAGAUGAUUUUUCCCACAAUUCUCUCUAUUAAUGAAGAAAUACCAAAUGACAGCAAUAAAUAAUCAUGGAAAAAAUAGAUGAUAGACAGAAUUUUCGACUUUAAAAACAAGUGAGAAACUUACGGGUGAUAAGUUUUGAUGAUUGUCCUUGUCUAUUUGAUGUGAUCAGGGAAAUAUUUGUUUCGUUGAGUAGGUUUGAUGAUUGUUCAUGUCCAUUUGAUGUGAUUGUUGAAAUAUUAGUCUCGUUGAAUACCAAGGUUUGGUGGAAGUCUUCGUGUUGCUUUUCGAAGUCAAGAAAAACUUUGAUACGAUCAUUUUCAGUCACAUUUAUAUGGCAUUUUGGGCAAUUUGGACAACUAUUCAGAAAUGAAAUAUGAAAAUUUUGAUUAUUUCAAAUACAUUAUCAACAGGGAAAAAAAUUCAAUUUGAUCUUCUGUGAUCGCAACAAAAAAUCAAUGCACCGCUCAAUAUUGUGAUAAAAAACAUAAAAUCUCACUUACUUUAUAUUCAAGCAUUGCUUGUGAAACAUGUGACCGCAUGCUUUUAGUACAACGACAUCGUCUUUUGGUUUGAAACAGUCAACACAAAUUGAACAAAUGACAUACAUUUUUGGGUUCAUUUUCUUCCAUAUAAUUACAAUUUGGCACAGCCAAUUCAAUAAUACAAAUAUAUAAACUAAAUUAAAAAUAAUUAAAAUUCUGAUAGUAAACUAGUUACACUGCAUCGACGCUACACCAAUUCGACUGAGUCAUUAAUACAAUUGGAUUCGAAUGAGAUAGAAAAUAAAAAGUAUAUCACCGGUGAACAUUUCACAAGAUGAAAUACGUAACAGACGUAUGCGAUCUAUUGAUUUUGUGGAGAUGCAACAGUUGGCAUGAAUGUUGAACAUCAAAAUCGUUAACACUUGUCACGCGCUUAUUUUUGAAUUUAUGCUUUGACACUGUGGCACUUUAAACAGUCAUGCAGUCAUACUAAAAAAUAUGCGUUUGUGAUUGCAGGCUAUGACACAUCGUGUUGUGAUUUAAAAUAAAUGGUAAAAAGCGACACAUUUAAACCAAUUUUGAGACCUUCUAAUUCAGUACUAAUACCAUAGAAAUGUGUAGGUGACGAAAAUCAAGAAAUUGUCGCACAGCUAUCACACUCACUGCGGCAUUUGAGAGUUUUGGAUUUUAAUUCGCUUCGAAAUGUCAUUUUACGGUUUACAUGUAACAAAAACCAAAUGAAUUCGUGUUUUCAAAAAUGUUGAACAUUCCGUUCAAGCAAUUAGCUGAUGAAUCCCAUUCGAUGACUCAAAUUUGUGUUGAUAGUUUGACUCUUUAUAAUAAUGUAUCUUGAACUCACUCACCUCUAAUGCAAAAGCGAAGACAUUUCUGAAAACUUACAUUUAAAAAUAUAUAUUGUAAAAAGAAUAAUUCAAAAAGUUUGUAUGAAUAAUGAUGAUAACUCGAUUAUAAAAAUGAAUGAUUUGCGAUAAGAAUAGAGUUUUAAUGACAUGCAUAUUUUCCAAGAAAAAGUCAUUUCAUUUUGGUUUUUUAUUUUAAACAAUUUUUUUUCGGUUGACAAAUAAUUCAGAUUAUCUACAGUUUAUAUUGAACAUUUAUAAUAAGUUAGUCAUUAAAAUCACCAGUUUUGUUGCUUCAAUUUUCUUGUAUUGUUGUAGAAAUAAAUAAUUUAAGUAAACAGAGUAACCUUUUAAAGAAAAAGACACAUACAUGUACACUAUCUACAUGAAUAACAUUAAACUUCUCAUGAUAAGAAAAAAAAAAAAGUUAGAAUAAAAAGUUUCGACAACAGUUACUAACGUUAUUAAACUCUCUUUUUUUUAAAUGAUUUAACCAAAAUUUUGUGAUUGUCAAAGGUACAUUAAAUUGUACACUAGAGUGUAUUUAUAUAAAAUUCACCUGAGUUAUUUCGCAUCACACAUCUCUAUUGUAACAGCAAAUAUGAAUAAUAAUAAAAAAAAAAUAUUUUGUUGAAAAUAUACGUGCGGUGUUUUUGUGUAAACAUUAAAGAUUUUUGGUUGAUUUCUCAUAAAUUUUGUGCCAAUCAUUGAUACCAUCAUAUGGCAAUGGACUGUGCACAAACGGUGACAACCAUGCCAAAUACCAACGCGAACCGAAAACCAUGCGCGUAUUCUCCAACGGACCUAAAUCGAA